AUGGCGGCCGAGCCAGCCGCGCAGGGCGUCAUCCGACCGGGCGGCCUCGCGGUCCUCCUGCACGGCGAGGAGGUGUGGCGAGAGAUGCGGGCCGCCGCCCAGGUCCCGGACACCUUCGUGAACGAGGGGUGGUGCUUAGACGACAUGCACCACGGAGGCGGCAAGGGCGGCACGCUGAUGGCCCAGGUGGGCAGCUCGUUCAUAGUGAAGGAGCUCAGCUCGGGAGACCACCAGCAGCUGCUCGCGCUCGCGGGGAGCUACGCGGAGCACGUCCGGGGCGGCGAGAGCCUCCUGACGCCGAUCUACCUGCACUUCAGCGAUGCGCAGACGGGCCGCAGCUUCUUCGUGAUGAGGAACACUGUUGGUGCCGGGCCGGUCAUGGAGCUCUACGACCUCAAGGGGUGCGCUGACGACAAGACCUUGGUGCGGGAUGGCGAACCCAUCAAGGUGGUGCACAAGCGGAUCUGGAACGUGGGCAUGUGGUGCGGCAGGAGCUCGUGGUCCGACGAGCGGGUCAAGUACCACAACGGGAAGAUGGCUGCGAGGGACUACACGGUCCUGCUCCGCAAGGGCGAGAGGGAGAAGGUGGUAGCGCGCGUCGAGAGGGACGUCGAGUGGCUCGCGGAGCACGGCCUCAUGGACUACAGCCUGUUGGUCGCGGUCAAGGCCGCCAGCUCAAAGGGCCUGGAUAGCAACUGCGAGGACCUGGCCCAGAGGACCUUCGCCAAGCCGGGCCCAGACGGCACGGACCUCGUCGUGCAGAUCAGCAUCAUCGACUUCUUGCAGAAGUGGACCGCCGCCAAGCGAGUUGCCAGGAUCAUCAAGGCGGCGGAGAGGAACAAGGCCACGGUGCCGCCGGGCAUGUACGGCGAGCGCUUCCGGGCGCACGUGGCCAGCAUGAUCCAGGGGGAGGAGGUCCGAAUGAAGGCGACGGCGCCCAAGGCGGUCGCCCCACCGGCGGGGGACGUCGGCUGA